CCCGCGCCGGCCUCGCCGCUCGCCCGGCGCCGGGCCAUGGCGCUGCUGCGGGAUGUGUCGCUGCAGGACCCGCGGGACCGCUUCGAGCUGCUGCAGCGCGUCGGGGCCGGCACCUACGGCGACGUGUACAAGGCGCGAGACACGGUCACGUCCGAGCUGGCCGCGGUCAAGAUCGUGAAGCUGGACCCAGGAGACGACAUCAGCUCCCUCCAGCAGGAAAUCACCAUCCUCCGGGAGUGCCGCCACCCCAACGUGGUGGCCUACAUCGGCAGCUACCUCAGGAAUGAUCGCUUGUGGAUUUGCAUGGAGUUCUGCGGAGGGGGCUCCCUGCAGGAGAUCUACCACGCCACGGGCCCACUGGAGGAGCGGCAGAUUGCUUACGUCUGCCGGGAGGCCCUGAAGGGACUACACCACUUGCACUGUCAGGGGAAGAUUCACAGGGACAUCAAGGGAGCCAACCUUCUCCUCACGCUCCAGGGAGAUGUCAAGUUAGCGGACUUUGGGGUAUCAGGCGAGCUGACAGCGUCUGUGGCGAAGCGGAGGUCGUUCAUCGGGACGCCCUACUGGAUGGCGCCGGAGGUGGCAGCCGUGGAGCGCAAAGGAGGCUACAAUGAGCUGUGUGACGUGUGGGCCCUGGGCAUCACCGCCAUCGAGCUGGGCGAGCUGCAGCCCCCCCUCUUCCACCUGCACCCCAUGAGGGCCUUGAUGCUCAUGUCCAAAAGCAGUUUCCAGCCUCCCAAGCUAAGAGACAAGACACACUGGACCCAGAAUUUCCACCACUUCCUCAAAUUGGCCUUGACCAAGAACCCCAAGAAGAGACCCACAGCAGAGAAGCUUCUGCAGCACCCCUUCACCACACAGCAGCUCCCCCGGGCGCUCCUCACGCAGCUUUUGGACAAAGCCAGUGAUCCCCAUUUGGGGGCGCCGUCCCCGGAAGACUGUGAGCUGGAGACCUUUGACAUGUUCCCAGACACCAUUCACCCCCGGGGGCAGCAUGGCCCUGCCGAGAGGACCCCCUCUGAGGUCCAGUUUCACCAGGUGAAAUUUGGCGCCCCCCGCAGGAAGGAGACCGACCCACUCAAUGAGCCGUGGGAGGAAGAAUGGACGCUACUAGGGCAAGAGGAGCUAAGCGGGAGCCUGCUGCAGUCUGUCCAGGAGGCGCUGGAGGAAAGGAGCCUCACCAUCCGGCCAGCCCUGGCCCUCCAGGAGCUGGACUCCCCAGAUGAUGCCAUAGGAACCAUCAAGCGGGCUCCAUUCUUGGGGCCACCGUCCGCUGAGCCCCAAACCGAGGACCUGCUGUCCAGUCCCCCUGGAACCCCACCCCUGCCUCUCCCAAGCACCGACAGCUCCCCAGUGCUCCCCACCACCUGGACCACCAUGAAACACCCAGAGGAUCCUGAGAGAUCCUCCUGCCAUGGGCUCCCCCCGACCCCCAAGGUGCAUAUGGGUGCCUGCUUCUCCAAGGUCUUCAACGGCUGCCCCCUGCGCAUUCACGCCGCUGUCACCUGGAUCCACCCCGUCACCCGGGACCAGUUCCUGGUGGUGGGGGCUGAGGAAGGCAUUUAUACCCUCAACCUGCACGAGCUGCAUGAGGAUACACUGGAGAAGCUGAUUUCCCAGCGCUGCUCCUGGCUCUACUGUGUCAAUAAUGUGCUGCUUUCGCUCUCAGGGAAAUCCACGCAUAUCUGGGCUCACGACCUCCCAGGCCUGUUUGAGCAGCGGCGGCUGCAACAACAAGUCCCACUAUCGAUUCCCACCAACCGCCUCACACAGCGAAUUGUGCCCAGGCGCUUUGCUCUGUCCACCAAGAUUCCCGACACCAAAGGCUGCCUGCAGUGUCGAGUGGUGCGGAACCCCCAUACGGGCAGCACCUUUCUGCUAGCUGCCCUGCCGGCCAGUCUGCUCCUGCUGCAGUGGUAUGAGCCGCUGCAGAAGUUCUUGCUGCUCAAGAACUUCUCCAGCCCCCUGCCCAGCCCCUCGGGGCUACUGGAGCCGCUGGUGCUGGAUGGGAAGGAGCUGCCGCAGGUGUGUGUGGGUGCCGAGGGCCCCGAGGGGCCGGGCUGCCGGGUGCUCUUCCACAUCCUGCGGCUGGAGGCCGGCCUGACGCCCGACGUGCUCGUGCCCCCUGAGGGACUUCCAGGCUCGGCCCAGCAAGUGAUCCAGGUGGACAGAGACACCGUCCUUGUCUGCUUUGACCGCUGCGUGAGAAUUGUCAACCUGUUGGGAGAGCCCACGGCUUCGCUUGCGCCUGAGCUGACCUUUGACUUCACCAUUGAGACUGUGGUGUGUCUGCAGGACAGCGUGCUGGCCUUCUGGAGCCACGGCCUGCAGGGCCGCAGCCUGGACACCAAUGAGGUGACUCAGGAGAUCACGGAUGAGACGAGGAUCUUCCGAGUGCUCGGAGCUCACAGGGACAUUAUUCUCGAGAGCAUCCCCACUGACAACCCAGGGGCCCACAGCAAUCUCUACAUCCUCACGGGCCAUCAGAGCAGUUACUGAGCCCAGAAGCGCUGCUGGGGCCGAGGGAGACAUUAUCCUGAGAAGAGUCUAGGGGCUGGGAGGGAGGAGAGCCCUCCCCACCUCUGUCUAACUGGACCUGAGAAAGCUGCUGACCCCCCCCCACUCCCUCCCAACCCCCAACCCUCUGCAGUGGGCGCCCAGGCGAACGGACAGGCAGCCUGGGCCGUGCAUUCCGUCUUGUCCACUUUUCCUUCCUGUCCUUUCUGCCAAGCCCGGGAACACGAUAUUUAAGAGACUA